GAAUCAGAGACUUGCCACGGGGCUGAGAUGCUUGCAGGUAUUGCUGUUAGUUGAGAACUGCUUCACUUGCUCGGUCACUUGGGUGGUCACUUGGGAAUAUUCUUCACAGUUUUUCAGGUUUUGGUUGAAUACACCUGGCUGCCUCCCCCUUACAGACGAGUAUCAUGCAUCACGCCCAUAUUCAUGGCAGCAGAACCAGUUAGUUAGCUCCCAGGGAAUGUCAUUUAGGUGACAGAGGCUUCAUUUGACAGAACAGCACAUGAACUCCACAAGCAACAUCUCUGCACCUCAUCAAGACCAUUUCAGACCUACAGCAGAUCUCUUCCAGAGGUUUUCUUUGGGACCUGGUCCUGUAAUUAAGAACAGAUACAAUGAGUGUUCAGAUCGGAGGAAAGGGGUCCCAAAGCCUCUCGGACCACCUGACUCUUGAAGAAAAUCAGGAAGGAGGAAUUGUCAUACAGAACAUCAGUGAUGCAUCUGUUGCUGAUUCUUUUGGUUUGAAGACAGGGGAUGAGAUAGUUGGUGCAACUAUCUACUUUGACAAUCUCAAGAAAGAGGACGUGCUGAAGAUAAUGAAACUCACAGAGCCUUACAACGCAGAGAUGAAGCUUCAUACCAAAAAUGAGCUGAAAUCUCCAUCUGGGGCCAGGGCACCAUCUGAUUUUAGCAUCAGAACUCCAGAAGCAAUGCUUAUGAAUUCAGACUACAUCAAAUUAUUCAACAAUAAGAUCAAACAAUACCUGAAGACAGCAUCCUCCUGUGAUGACAAAUUUUCUGCUUCGAAUGCAGAUGUGAAAGCACCAGGAAUGCAAGUGGACCCAGGAUCCAGUGCGUCUUCUCCAGAUGUAGGCCUCAAAGGUCCAGAACUGGUGUGUCAUAACUUUGAAGGUGAUUGGCCCAAUGCAAAUGUGAAGACACCAGAUGUGAAUGUAUCCACUCCAAAGAUGAAAGGAAAGAUAGAAGCGCCUGAGGUAGAUGUGAAUACACCCAAGGCUUGCGUCAAACAACCAAUGUUUAAGUUGCCAUCUUGGGGAGGGUCAAAGUUGAAAGGACCAGUAGUAGACAUAGAUGCAAACAUAAAGACUCCAGAUGUGAAUGUCACCAUUCCAAAAGUCAAAGGAGGAAUCACAGCUCCUAAUCUAGAUGUAAAUUUACCUAAGGCUGAAGUGAAAGGUUCAAAGUUUACAAUGCCAACAUGGGGGAAAUCAGGUCCAAAAGUGAAAGGACCAGAUCUGUCAGGCCCUAAUUUGGAUGUAGAUUUGCCUGAUGUAAAUAUCAAUGGUCCAAAUGUCAAAAUGCCAUCGUUAAAUGUAUCAAAACCGAAGUAUAAUUCACCAGACAUUGACCUCAACAUGAAAGGGCCAAAAGUCAAAGGCGAUCUCAAAGGACCCAACAUUGAUUUAAAUGCUCCAGAUUUUGAUAUUUCAGGACCAAAGCUACAUGGACCUGAAAUAGACAUAGAUAGCAAAUUUCCAAGAGGAAACAUUGAACAUCCCAAUGUUGACAUCAAAACUCCUGAGGUAGACCUUAAAGUUCCAGAUGGAAAAUUGAAGGCUCCCAAAUUUAAAAAAGCUACUGUUACCUUACCUAAAAUUAAACCAAAUAGUCCUAACUUAAAACUUAAAACACCAAAAGCCAAAGGUGGUUUGGAUUUGUCAGCUGCAAAAAUUGAGGGAGACCUCAAAGGCCCUAAUGUAGAUUUGAAAGGACCAAAGCUUGAUCUAGAAGCGCCAGAUCUUGAUGUUGAUGGAACAGGAGGAAAAUUGAAAAUGCCAACCAUUAAGAUGCCUGAAUUUGGACACUCCAGGCCAAAAGUAAAGGGUCCUGAUUUGGACCUGGAUGCAAACAUGAAGGCUCCUGAUUUAAACAUCUCAGCUCCAAAGGUGAAGGGAGGUAUCAGUGCUCCUGAUAUUGAUGUAAAUAUGCCAAAAGCUGAACUCAAGGGUCCAAAGUUAGAUAUAAAAGCCCCAGAUGUUGAUGGACCAGAAGGAAAGUUCAAAAUGCCAACCUUUAAGAUGCCUGACUUUGGACUCUCAGGACCAAAUGUAAAGGGACCUGAUUUGGAUGCAAACAUAAAGACACCUGAUUUAAACAUCUCAGCUCCACAGAUUGAAGGAGGACUCAGUGCUCCAGAUAUUAAUGUGAUUAUGCCAAAGGCUGAAUUCAAGGGUCCAAACCUGGAUAUAAAAGCCCCAGAUGUUGAUGGACCAGAAGGAAAGUUCAAAAUGCCAACCUUUAAGAUGCCUGACUUUGGACUCUCAGGACCAAAUGUAAAGGGACCUGAUUUGGAUGCAAACAUAAAGACACCUGAUUUAAACAUCUCAGCUCCACAGAUUGAAGGAGGACUCAGUGCUCCAGAUAUUAAUGUGAUUAUGCCAAAGGCUGAAUUCAAGGGUCCAAACCUGGAUAUAAAAGCCCCAGAUGUUGAUGUUGAUGGACCAGAAGGAAAAUUAAAAAUGCCGACCUUUAAGAUGCCUGACUUUGGACUAUCAGGACCCAACGUGAAAGGACCUGAUUUGGAUUUAGAUGCAAAUUUGAAUAUGUCGGAUGCCAAUAUGUCAGCACCAAAGAUGGCAGGUGAUCUAAAGGGCCCUAAAGUAGAUUUGCCUGAAGGAAGUUUGAAAGGUCCGAAGAUUAAUAUGCCAUCCCUGAACCUUUCUGGUACUCAACUGUCUUCUCCAGAUGCCAAUUUAAAUCUAAAAACACAAAAACUCAAAGGGGACAUAAAUCUUUCAGGCCCAAAACUACAAAGUGAUGUAAAGGGACCUAGUGUUGAUGCAAAAGGACUGAAUGUUGAUAUCAAUAAACCAGAUGUAAAAAUUGGAACCCCAGGAGUAAAAAUGAAAUCCUCCAAAUUCAAAUUCCCAUUUUCAGGACCUAAAGUAAAAUCACCUGAUGUGAGUGUGGAUGCUAAUGUCGAAACACCAAAUGUAGAUGUUUCAGUUCCAAAAGUUAAGGGUGGUAUAAGCACCCCUAAACAGGAUCUGAAAUCACCAACACCAAAAGCUGGGUUAAACAUUCCUGAUACUGACUUUGAGGUUCCUAACCCAAAACUCAAGAGUUCAAAGUUUAAGUUACCAACAUUUCGUUUUCCUAAGGUGCAUAACAGGGAUGCUGACCUCAAUGUAAAGGGGGAUAUUGAUGCACCUGCCCUUAAAGCCGGCAUCAAAGGCCCAAAUGUUGAUGUUAAUGGCCCUAACAUAGGUGACAUUAAGGGUCCAAAUGUAGAUGUUGACUUACCUAAAUCUAAUAUGAAAGGCAAGAAUAUGAACAUGCCAGAAUUGUCGUUAUCUGGACCAGAUCUUAAUACACCCAACCUCAAAGGAGAUCUAUCUGCUCCAAAAUUACAAGGAGAUUUGAAAGGACCAAACAUUGACAUGAAAGGCACAGGUUUGGGUGUUGAAAGUCCAGAGGGAAAAUUCAAAUUUCCAAAAAUAAAAUUUCCAACCUUAGGAAGAAAUAAAGAGCUCAAUAUGGAUGCAAAGCUCAAGUCACCAGAUGUGAAUCUUAAAACACCCCAAGCUGGUGAUCUAACAGCACCACAUGUAAAUGUCAAUUUACCUGAUGCAGAUAUUAAAGGGCCAAAGCUCAAUAUGUCAUCACUUGAUGCUCCAGAUGUUGACCUUAAUCUGAAAACACCCACAUUGAAAGGGCACAUUGAUGAUCCAAAUAUUGACCGGAAAGGUGCCAGCAUUGAUAUAAAUGCUCCAAGCGUAGAUGUAAAAGCUCCCAACAUUGGCAUUGACAGAUAUAGAGGAAAAUGGAAACUGCCUGGAUUGGAUGGACCCAAAGUGAAAGUACCUGAAAUUAACCUAGAUAGUAAUCUUACAGCACCAGAUGUUUCAAUGUCACCUUUAAAGGGGGAGAUACAAACUCCUGGCUUUGAUGUCAAAGGUCCAAGUUUAGAUGUAUCUAAGCCCAGAUUCUCUGGACCACAGGUGGAUCUAGACACACCAAAACUGAAAGGGGACAUUAAUGUAUCUGCACCGACAAUGAAGAGCAACCUUCAAGGUCCAAACAUUGAUGUAAAGUCUCCUAGCUUUGGUAUGAAUGUUCCAGAUGUUGGCUAUGGAGCUCCACAUGGGGAAGUUAGUUUUCCCAAGAUAAAUGCACCUUCCUUUGAUGGUUACACGCCAGAAUUUGUAGGACCAAAUAUGAAACCUGAUGUAUCAGCCUCAAGAACUGAUAUUAACGCAAAGCUCCAGAAAUGUAAAGAAUACUCAUUGUCUAGAAGAGCCACAGACACAGUAGGUGAUGUAGAUUUAAAUAUUCCUGAAGCAAGCAUCACAGGACCAAAUAUUAAAAUGCCUUCACUUAAUUAUUCAGAGCCUAAAGUCUCUGCUCCUAAAGCAGACCUCAGUCUUCAAUCACCAACAAUGAAAAGUGAUGCAGGAAUAUCUGGACCAAGUAUUAAAGGCCAGGUCCCAGAUUUAGGGGUAGAUGUCAGUGGUCCAAAAGUAAAUGCUAGUGCAGACGGUCAAAUUACAAGGGGUACAUUUAAAGUAAACAAGGCUGUACCUGAAGUUGAAAUUGACAGUCAGGUCGUAGACAAGAAUUCACUCCCAAUGUUUAGAAGCAGUAUUGAUGUUGAAGAUAACACAUAAAAUUUGUUUAGAUUUUCUGACUUUUUCAAUUUUGGCAGUAAGAAAGGGUCUGUAUAACCACGUAAGGCAGUUUAUCACCAAGAUCUCCUCCUAUGUCCUCCAAUUUACGUUUGCCAGAACUUGACUGGUCAUUUACCUAGUGACUGGUCAUCAUGUGUACGUCUGCAAAUGGCUUAUGACAGUCAAAUCAUAAAUGUAUCAUGUGCCAGAACCAUAAACCUAACUUUGAAAAAAUGGUACUGUUUUUAAUGAUAGCAUUUUUCUUUCUUUUUUUUUUGUAAAUAUAAUUAGCAGUACUUGAAGCUGCUAUUACAGUCUGUACUAUUUAUUUUUUGUUAAGGUGAAAUCAUUUUUAUUCUCUUAUU